GCCCUCCUCCCCUCCAGACGUAGGGGGCACCCCCACACCUGGGACCGACCCACCCCAACUGAGCGCAGAGACCUUCCCGCCCGGGGACACAGACCCGUGGUCGCCCCCCACCUACACCCGUAUCUGGAGUCAGGGAGACUUAUGGUCCGGGUGACAGAUUGACACACCUCUGGGGAGGACCCGGACUUGUGGGUUGGCCCGGGUGCCGGGGUCCGGCUGGGGACCUCUGGAGCCGUGCGACCGCCCGCCUUGCCCAGCCCCGCCCCGCGACUGGCGGCGCGGCCGCCCCGCCCCGCCCCGCUGCCCGCUCCCGCUGGCCCUUCCGCCUCUCGCAGCGGCGCCAGGGAGCAGGACGGGCAUCGGGCAUCGGGGCCAUGGAGAGGACAGCGGGCAAAGAGCUCGCCCUGGCGCCGCUGCAGGACUGGGGCGAGGAGACCGAGGACGGCGCCGUGUACAGCGUCUCCCUGCGGCGGCAGCGCAGCCGGCGCUCGACCCCGGAGGGGGCUGGAGGCGAGCAGGCUCCCAACCCGGCUGCCGACUGCUUCCUCCAGUACCGCACCAGCAAGGUGCGGGCGCUGAGGGCCGCCCGACUGGAGCGGCUGGUGCAUGAGUUGGUGUCCGGAGACCGUGAGCAGGAUCCUGGCUUCGUGCCCGCCUUCCUGGCCACCCACCGGGCCUUUGUGCCCACAGCCCGCGUUCUGGGCUUUCUGCUACCCCCGCCCCCGACACCACCACCUCCUGGGGUAGACAGCAAGAUGGCAGAGGGGCAGGAUCUGAGCUUCAGCAAGAACCUGAGGGCUGUGAUUUCGGUACUCGGUUCUUGGCUGCGAGACCAUCCUCAGGACUUCCGGGAUCCCCCUGCCCAUCAGAACCUGGGCAAUGUCCGAAUCUUUCUGGACUGGGCCGCCCCAGGAGGGGCAGAAGCUAGAGAAGCAGAGAAACUUCUACAAGAUUUCUUGGAGGAGGCUAAGGGAGAGCAGGCAGGGGAGGAUCAGCGACUGGCUUGGGCAGGCCCGCCCAGGGCUGCCCAGUCCCCCAGAUCAGAGUUUGCCGAGGACUUCGAGGAAGAGGAGGGCCCCUGUUCAGAAGGCCCCGAGCUUCUGGACUUCAGCGUGGAUGAGGUGGCGGAGCAGCUGACCCUCAUGGACGUGGAUCUCUUCCUGCGCGUGCGGACCUGCGAGUGCCUGGGUUCCAUGUGGUCCCAGCGCGACCGGCCGGGAGCUGCAGGCAUUUCCCCGACAGUGCGCGCCACCGUGGCCCAGUUCAACGCGGUUACGGGCUGCGUGCUGGGCUCCGUGCUCGCAGCGCCCGGCCUGGCGGCCUCGCAGAGGGCACAGCGCAUCGAAAAGUGGAUCCGCAUCGCCCAGCGCUGCAGGGAACUUCGCAAUUUCUCUUCUUUGCGAGCUAUCCUGUCUGCCCUGCAGUCUAACCCCAUCUACAGGCUCAAGCGCAGCUGGGGGGCCGUGAGCCGGGAACCACUGUCCACUUUCAGGAAGUUGUCGCAGAUUUUUUCCGAUGAGAAUAAUCAUCUCAGCUGCCGAGCAAUUCUUUCCCAGGAGGAGGCCUCCGAGGGACCCCACGAUGAUGACUGCCUCCCCGGAAGUCGGCCAUCGAAGCUGCCCCCGGGGCCUGUCCCCUACCUUGGCACCUUCCUCACAGACUUGGUGAUGCUGGACACAGCCUUACCGGAUACGCUGAAGGGAGAUCUCAUCAACUUUGAGAAGAGGAGGAAGGAAUGGGAGAUCCUGGCGCGAAUCCAGCAGCUACAGCAUCGUUGCCAGCUCUACAGCCUGAGCCCCCGCCCACCCAUCCUGGCUGCCCUCCGAGCCCAGCGCCAGCUCAGUGAGGAACAGAGCUACCGAGUCUCCCGGGUCAUUGAACCACCAGCUGCGUCCUGCCCCAGCUCCCCCCGUAUUCGGCGUCGAAUCAGCCUCACAAAGCGUCUCAGUGCGAAGCUGUCCCGGGAGAAGAACUCUCCCCCUGGUGGGAGUCCCGGGGAUCCAUCCUCACCAACCUCCAGUGUGUCUCCAGGGUCUCCCCCAUCCAGUCCUAGAAGUGGAGAACCUCCUCCUGGCAGUCCUCCAGCCUCCCCAGGGCCCCAGGGCUCCAGCAACAAGCUCACUUGUCAGGACAAAGCCCCCAGUGUGGUGCAAAGAGCCCUGGAGAAGCACAAUGUGCCCCAGCCCUGGGCCCGUGACUACCAGCUCUUCCAGGUCCUGCCUGGGGACAGAGAGCUCCUGAUUCCGGACGGUGCCAAUGUCUUCUAUGCUAUGAGCCCUGCUGCCCCUGGCGACUUCCUGCUGCGUCGGAAACAGGGGACGCCUUCAGCCUCCCCGACCUGAGGCAUCGCUCGCCUCGCUCUGGGGCACAGGCACCAUGGACAGCUUGGGACCUGGCUUCUACCACCGUCGAAGUAGGGGGCCCUUUCCUGAAGAGCCUCAGUCCUCAGUGGAAGCUAUUUUUCUCUAUAUCCUGGGGACUCGCCAGCAUUAGCCCAUCGGACCCCCAACUCCCUGGGCACUUCACUGUUAUUCCAAAACCAUGACUGUGUGAGAAAACUCAGAAAAAUCAAGAGCCUGAAGAGCAGAGAGCUUAGCGUGGCGGAGCACUUUCCCAGCAUGCCCUAGACCCAGGAUGGUUUUCACCACCCCCCAAAAUAAAAUCCUAAGGGGUUUUGGACUAUAGGAUGUAGUUCACUUGGAUCCUAACAUGUGGCAAGCAGGGCUUUGAGACCCAGCACUGAGUAUAUCCAGCAUGUUGGCACACACCCAUAAUCCCAGUGCUUGGGAGGUUCAGGCCGGAGGAUCAGGAGUUUGUUGUUCUGGGAUGCAUAGUGAGUUGAAGGUAAAUCUGGGCGACAUCAUGAAACCUCGUUCAAAAAGGAAAAAAAAAAAAACAAAACACUAAGAAAGGGUUGAAACAAGCAUAACCAGAGUUCGGGGGUUUCUCCCCUCAGCUUCAGAAGGUGCCGUCCUGCUCUUCUGACGCAUGCGUGAAGAAAUGGGGGAGGGAAGAGGUUAGUGGUCUCUUGCAAACACAGGCAGUGGGAAACUGGGCAUGGUGAUACAUGCCUAUCACCCUAGCCCUCGAGGUGGAGGCAGCAGGAGCUGGAGUUCAAGGUUAUUUUCAGCUGUAGUGUGAGUUCCAGGCCAGCCUGGGACAUCAUUCCCUGUCUCGAAUAAGCAAAGAGAGACAGCGCAGAUGAGUGAGCUUGGAGGUAACCUCAAAAUGGUAACAACGGCACCAGCAGCAUGCUGGCUUCUGGGCUUCUGCUAUGAACUAGACCUCAGCAGGAUUCGAGGCUCACUGAGUUCUUUCAGUUUCAAGGGGCUUGUACAAUGGCUUAGUAGGGAAGCCUCAGUUCAGAUCCCCAGCACCCACAUAAACAGCAGGGCAUGGCGGGGUAGAUCUAUAAUCCCAACUCUAGGAGGUGGAGAGAGACAGGUCCCAGGGGUUCACUAGCCAGUCAGUUCAGCGUGAGACCCUGUCUGAAUAAUGUUGAGAGGCCAUUGAGGUGGCCAGUAAGUAAAGGUGCUUGCUAGACAAGCCUGGUGAUCUGAGUUCAACCCCAGGACCCAUAAAGGUAGAAGGCAAAAACUGACUCCACAAAGGUGUCUUCCGACCUACAUGUGUGCACCAAGGCAUGUGCUCCCAACACACAU